AAUCCAAUCCAGUUUUGUAGUCUGUGAUGGUUUUCAUCUGGCUGUUACGGGAUUUGUUUGCGAGAAUUUCACCCGUGAUUUUGUGAUCAUUGUUGUAUUAUUUAUCAUGGUAACAUCGUAAUAUUGUGAACUGGAUAUCCAGGCUCGUCGAGAUCGUGGCUGUGAUAAACUAAAUUUUCCCAUGAUCGGAGUAAAAUUGCAUCAGUUGACAACCGCAGGUCUUCGACGUCAACUAUUAUGAAUCAACUCUCCUUCCCUGCCAUUUUUACCUUCCGUCGCCUUGCCUUCCCUAAUUCCAACUCAACUGAGCAGAUUAUGUUGUAGGUAUCAAUCAAGCAGCAUAUGUUUACGCGUACAUAUAUGCCCGUAUAUGUAUGUGUAACAUAUAUGUGACGUACAAUCAAAUAUUUACGCAGCUCUCUUUUUCACCGUAAGUCCUCUCUUAAGUCUUGAUGUUCAGUUGACAUCGCAGCUGCUUUGUUAUUUCACUCCUGCCGAGGAGUUCAGAUUUUAGAGUGUGCUGUUUUUCUCGUUAAUUAAGAGAAGUACCUGAUUCCAGUUUUUGUUUUCCGUUUUUAGGCUGUUUUCAUUUUCAGAUGUUUAAGGCUUGAGCUCCAAGUUCAAAACUUAGUCGUUACUUUAGGUCCUUUUUAAUUUUAACGAUCUGCCGUCUCGUAGCCUCCUUUCUCCUCCUGAAACCAAUCCUUUUGCCUUGAUCCCACAUCCUGUCCCGAGUACCGUGUGGCGGGAUGACCGAAAAUACCUCUGUGGAGAAAUGGGUCUGCGAAUAUUGUACUUACGAAAACUACCCGUCAUCUUUAAAAUGUACCAUGUGCCGUGGCUCCAAGCCACUUCUUAACGAGGAUAUCUUUAGACUUCAGGAUGAUACAUCACCAGCUGAGCAAUGCCUUGCUUCAGGGCCAUCGGAAAUUAAAAGUGACAGCCUGGAGAAUGAUAAAAAUUCAAGCUGUGGGAUAGGCGCUUGCAAAGUCACACGGUCACCAACUGUGACUGCAUCAAACAUCCAUGAACACUUCUCGCCACUGCGAAUUGAAUCCCUGGAACGCAGCACCGGUGCCUCCGCUGUUGAUCAAAAGUCGCUCGGCUCCAAAUCCAAGUGGAACUGUCAAUCCUGUACUUACGAGAACUGGCCGAAAGCCACUAAGUGUGUUAUGUGUGGCCAUACGGCAACCAGAAUUUCACCUGUUCCUUCAUCAUUCAAGGAUACUCACAUCCUCUCGCCCGAGUGGGACUUUGCCUCCGCUCACGGUGCUGCAAAUAUUGAGGAGUCUUUUCUGCCGUAUAAAAAACCAAGUUCCCAUCGUCUUGAUGACUUGAGUGACCUUUCACCUAGCAACACGAAUAAUGCAGAAUUGGACAGGCUUCGCCGAACACAAUGCAACCGUAAGCGUAACCCUGACUGGAACUGGCUGAACGCGUGUGUGGGCAUUGUUCAAGGUGAUGCAAAUGCUGUUGAAACUUAUCUGUCCUCUGGAGGAGAUCCUACACGCCAGCUGACGCAGAUGGAAUGCGCGUAUCUCAAUCGCCCAUCCGCGUUUGAUGUGGGGUAUACAUUAGUGCAUCUUGCCAUCAGAUUCCACCGAGAAGAUAUGUUGGCAACAAUCUUGUCGUACAUUGAGGGCUCAGGCUCAGGGGUAAAACGUGUUCCUUCCUAUGUCGCUCCAGAUCUAGCAUCAGAUAUUCGGCGUCAUGUUGCGUCCACCAUCAAACAACAGCGCAAAGCUUCCUUUCCUUGUCCCUUCGUUACCGAGCUUACUACUUUUACUCUUCCUGCCGAAAUCGAAGAUCUGCCAAUGAUAAUUCAAGAACAACUUUUUGAAGAACUUCUGGACAAAGAUGCUCAGCAGCAAUUGGAGGCUGAUCCGCCUGUGAUCAAUUGGUCUUUAGAGGUCACUGCACAUCUGGGCUCACGGCUCUAUGCGCUCUGGAACCGGUCAGCAGGCGACUGUCUUCUGGACUCAUUGAUGCAAGCCACUUGGGGCGUGUUCGAUAGGGAUAAUAUCCUCCGCAGAGCUCUUGCGGAUCUUUUGAACAAUGGCAGUCAUGUAUUUUACCCCUAUUGGAAAGAGUACGAGGCAUCUCAAGCUCGUUUGCUUCAUUUCUCGCUAGAAGAAGGCCAGUGGGAAGAAGAGUGGGCAAGCCUCGUGUCGUUGGCAAGUCAGCCUGGUGCUAGUUUAGAACAGUUACAUAUUUUCGCGCUGGCUCACAUCUUGAGGCGGCCAAUCAUAGUCUACGGUGUGAAAUACGUCAAGAGUUAUAGAGGAGAACCUAUCGGUUUUGCUCGUUUUGAAGGUGUUUACUUGCCGCUGCUGUGGGAGCCAAGUUUCUGCGUCCGUUCACCGUUGUCCCUAGGCUACACACGCGGGCACUUUUCUGCUUUAGUCACAAUAGAACCUUAUUCAACAAAUUCAAUUAGUAAUCAAAAUCCUGAUAGUACUGAUAAUUCUUUACAAGUAGCGUUCCUGCCGUUAAUGGAUCACCAGCGCAAGCUGUUACCCGUGCAUUUUGUCAUGCCAUCAGAGACUGGCCGAGAAGAGAACUUAUUACGCCAGUGGCUAGAUGUUUGCGUUACGGAUAGUGGCCUCCUAGUUGCUCAACAAAAAUUGUACAAACGGCCUUUAUUAGUUGCUCAAAUGCUCGAAGAAUGGUUAAAUCAUUACAGGAGACUAGCGCAAAUGUCAAACGCGCCAUUUGUGAGACCAAUUCCAGUGCAAGACUAUUCUAGCGACGGCGACUCAGAUGAUGAAUGACUGCUUGGGGUUUGAGUCCAAUCGCAGUUGUAGCCUCAUCUCUCGGAACACCUCGUUGCAGCGAAAUUAGAAUUUUGGCUGUUUUAUUAUCGCUUGUUUCUCACUCGCACCCUAAGAACCAAGUCAAAGCGCAAUAAAAUCUGAACCAAGUUUGUUGAGGAAAAAGUAGGUACCGUAGAUCAGUCCUAAACAGCAUUGUAUUAGGAAACAAGUUUCAUGCAACAUUUUUAAUGAAGUCAGAGUAUUUAUUCCCAAAAUUGUAAUGUAUGUGAAGUAAAGAUUAAAGUCAGGUCUCCAAGAUUUUUCAUUGUUUAACCAUUCUAAACAUUUAUCCAGUGAGAUUUACAGCUCUUGAGCCGUUUAAAAAAUUCAAUAUUGACAGAGUCUUCAUUCCGAUCAAAUUUUUACAUAAGAUUUAAGGACUUUUUGCAAUCAAGCUAUAAUUUACCGUCCUGCUUUGUACUACCUUUUUUUUUGCGUAGCUCCAGUUGUCAUCACAACGCCACAGCGUGGAUGAAAAAACACCGCAAGACUCACCAUUAGUUUGUUUAGUCACACAUGGCUCAUGAUAAAUUUAGAGCUCUAUGUUAAUCAAUAAAAUCAGAAAGAUCGUAACAUGAUUAGUCCCAAAGAUAAAGAACGAAGGAUUUGGGCGCAUUGACGUUGACAAUGCAGGUUUGCUCACACUUCAUGUGUAAUUAUUGUGAUUUCAAUUCCAAGGUUUUUACAGAGUUUUUGUAUGGCGUUCAAAAUAUUUUGCCAGUUUUAUUUACUUUGUUUCGAACUUAUAAAUGUUUUAUUGCGCUUGGACUCAUUCUUGGAUAAUAAAUAUUUCUUCCCCUCCUCUGCGGAAUAAGUGCUACGUAGUAUCUCAUUGUCAUUAGAUUGUCACAAGUACCUUGAAUUUUACGAACAUUGAUCCACACUGGCUGUAUCACCAGUAAUUUUUUUAAUUUUUGAUGCAGUCUCCAAAUCUCUUUUUUUCGGGCCGGACUUCUUUUCCUUGCCUGUCUCGAGCUAAUUUUUGUUGUUUUUGUGUCUUUUUUGUUUAUAUUUUUUUUCUUUCUUUCCAAAAUGUUACCCCACCAAAUUAAAAGAAAGUUAGUUUUCGACUUGUGUAUUCUUAAUGUGUAUUUCUGAUUUUUGGUUUCAUUCUUUUUUCGUAUUUCUGCCCAAUUUCGGGGACAAUUUCUUGGACUUAGCUUGGAUGCUGGGAGAUUUGCCGUGCAAAAUCAAAAUUCUGUGCUCUAAUAAAUUCUGUAAGUUAAGCUUGUCAUAGGCUGAAAUUCUUGCCUUACGUUUUAUAGUACGUUCAAUUAUCAUUUAUAGUCGCCGAACCGAAUUCUCCGUUGCAGCAAAAUAGUGUAUUUGCUCUUGCCCCCAAUCCUCGUAGCAUGCAGUUAAAAUUUUCUUGAAAUCCUUGAUGUUAAGUAAGAAACAGUUUGUUUCAAAGUUUAGUGUCUUUUUUUUUCUAUUUUUUCUCAACUUUUUGAACUACACAUAAUGAUUGUUUUCAAUUCAGUCUCUUACUUCAAUCAUGUUUUUCUUUUCUCACUGUACAUUUUGGCUCUCACCAAAUUGAACACUUUUUAAUUUUAUGAUGUAGCUCAGAAAUACAAAAUUGAGGUAUGAAUUUUCAAAAUAUUUGUCCGUUUAAACUUAACAUAUAUUCAAAAUAUUUAUGAUCCCAUUGUGAGGAAUGUAAAAUUUGGUUCUUUCUCUCCUUUUUUUGUUGUUGACAUUUUGAAGACUAACUAUUACAAGGAAUCAAUUUAGUUUGAGCAAUACUGAAAUAAAUGUUUCAAAUGAUACGGAAAUUAAUUACCUAGCGGGUGAGUUUGUUAUUUUAUGUAUGAAGCAGGGUUGCCACAGUUAGAAAAUACUGAGAAAACGAGGAUAUGUCAGGAAAUUUUAUAGUCAGGGAAAAUGAUGAAAGUGUCAAGGAAAAGUUUUUAGAUUACCUUCAUUCGCUUUCUAGAAUCGGUUCAACGUUUCUAACUCAACAAAGUUUGGGUGAUAACUGUUUCAAAUUGUGUCUCUUAAAUAUCCGGCACAUCCUCAAUCGUCUGAAAAUUCUACCAAAAUGUGUCAGGGAAUUUCAUUUUCUAAGCUCUGCAGCAACCCUGAAUCGAGACAAGCUGAAAUCCAUUUCCUCUCUCUUUCAGAUCAAUCAAAUUAUCCUUCUGGUUAACAUUUGUUCCAGACUGUUUCCAUUUUGCCGCCCCUCAUCUUAUUAUUUACCUUAUCAUGAAGUAAAAUUCUGUUUUGUUAAUUGUAAAUAAUGUUUCAGGAACAUUAGAAGUUUUGAAUUUCCGGGUAUUGUAAUCUUUUAAGGGGAAUAUACUUACCCAUCCUGUUGUGAUGGCGAGGAGAGCAGUAAGUACAUUUCUGUACGAGCCUUGGUAAGCACAUGCUUUUAUGUAUCUUGAGGUUCAUCCCAGCAUGCACUUACUACUCUCUUCGCUAUGACGGCAGCUUCGUCUCAAAGAAUCAAGGGUCUAAUAAAUUUCCUUAUCAUAAGGAAUCUCACAUGUGUAGGUUUGCACCAUUAUUUGCAUCAGGGAUCAAAGCUGUUUUAGAUAAAACUUUAAGUGGCUGAUCUUUCUCUGAGGGAAAAUUUUUCCAUGAAUCAAAGCUUUGCUCGAGAGACCAAUUCUAAUGUUAGACUCUGCAAGCUCUCUACGAAUACUUUUGGUAAUUUAGUAACCGUUUUAAAUGAAUCUAAAAUUGCAAGUAAAUAGUAGGGUUUGAUUCAAUUUUGAGGCUGUGAAAUGUGAAAGGCCAUUAUUCUCUCGAUUAGCGCAGUACAAAGGUAUCAUUUAAGAGGGCUGAGGCGAACAACUGUGACCCCUCCCCCUCUGAUUUGCUAGAUGGACUUUUUUCUCGUAAUUUUAAUUAUCGCAUCGCAGCUAAUGUUUUCUGGAGUUCCAUCUUCCCAAACAAUACUUGCCACGAAAAUUUCUUUUUAAAUAUUCUAUCCUUAAAGUAAAGAUCCAAAUUUGAUCGUAAUAUCUACCAGCCCUUCAAGAGUUUGAUAAAUUUCAUAGAGAUUGUGUUCCACAACAUUAAAAUUCGAAAUUGCUUCUCUGAACAUGUACUCGUUUGUUAGGAGUUCGUUUUCUUAACUUGCUCAGAACAUUUUAUCUAAUCUGUCAUAAUGCUUGUUCACUCAUUAGAAUUAUUAAGAAGAAUUUUAUGCUUUAGUCUUUAAUUUCCGGCAAAUGAAUCUUUUAUUUAAAUAUGAUUCUACAUUCUUCCCGAGUUACUAGCGUGAAACCAGAGCAAUUUUAUAUCAAAAGAACUGUUACAUCAAUGCAAAAGAGGUCUUCAGAAAGAUGAUUCACAUCCAAUUAUCAAAAACAGCCCUAGCAUUUCAUGAGAAAAAUUUAAUAAAUUCCAUUGAAAUUCAUGAAAGUCUCAUUCAGAGACAAUUGAACAAGUCUCAGUCCUAAUUGGUAAUUUUGGGUGCGUAAUGAAAUUUUCAAUAGUUUUUCAAUCAGAAGUUAAUAGCUCUUUAAGAUAUUUAUGGAUUAUUUACACUUAUGUAUCACCCUGUUGAAUACCCUUGAACUGAGAACAAAUAUGUAAAAUUGUUUUGACAAAAAAUCAUUUUAUUUCUAGAACUCCUCAAAUUCGAAAUAUUCAAACCUCAUCUCUGCUAUCACUUUUCAUACAAGUCAUAGUUCGGUAAAAUAACCAAAACGUUCUAAACCUGUUCUCUGAACUUAUGAAUUACAACAGAGGUAACUGGCAUCUGUUCACUCUUUCUAAUCUGGAAAAGGUAGCAUGUAUCUUUGCCUUGAAAAUGAAUCAAAUGUAUUUUCUGGAUUUACAAAAUCCUCCAAGUCAUAACUUAAAGUGCGUCUAGCCCUGAGUAAACUUUUUUUUUCUCCGUUGAGAAAAUUGCCGAAAGAAUUUUUCUUAUUUUUCUUCCUCAAUUGAGUUGGUUUUCUCUUUUUUCUUCCUUGGUUAUAAACUCUAUUCUAGAAAAUAUGUUAAGAAUAGUCAUUGUUUGUAUAUAGUUCGUAAAAUAUUUCCUCCUCUUUAAACCGACCUUUUCAACAUUGUUAAUUGGUUACUUGAUUGUUUGUACCUUUUUUCAGGCUGUCUGCUUGACAUGUGCGUGAUUUGCUUUCAAUUAUGUAAAAGAUAAGAAUUACAAAAGCAAAAUAAACUAUUAAGGAAACAAAAUUUCAACUUGUGAUACAACGCAAUUGUCAGCAGACAAUUUAUUCUGCAAAUUUUGUUAUUUGAUAAUUAGUUUAUUGUACAUAAACUUCAAUUAUGAUAAUUUAUAAUAAAACUAUGUUUUAUUUCUUA